GGGCUGGCCUUUGGGAAUCACGUGCAGCAGAGCCAGGCGGCCCCAAAAGGGCCAGGGCAGAGCCAGGGCAGCGGGGGGGAUGUUGGAGAAUAUGAAUAUUUAAUCACCAGCCCCGUCCUAAGUUACCUCCCAGCCUGCCAUUCCCUGGCCAGAGCCCAGGAGUGAUGCCAGGGGGCGGGAGAUGGUGAAUGCUGCUCCUGGGGAAGCGUGGGAAAGGACUGGCACAUCCACUCAUGUGUGUCUCCUUUUGUCUUCCAGCAGAGCUGAGUCCCUCUCUUCCGAUGAAAAAGAGGUGACGUCCAACGGCACGGAGGGAGAGGGCUCCGCCGAGGAGCGCCCGGAGGGAGAGGCCAGUUCCGAAAGCAGCUCCAGCAGCAGCUCCGAGGAGGAGUCAGAUGAAGAACAGGAGGAGAAGGAAUCUCCACCGAGCUGCAAUGAAUCAGGAAAGAAGUGCCUGCCACCCUGCGAGCACUGCAGGAAUGAAAACGACCAGAAGGAGGAAGUGACCCCAAGGAGACUUGCUGGAGGACAAUUUAUGCUGCAGCUGGACGGAGAAGGGACCUACCAGUGCAGCCUCACAGGCUUGAUCUUCGAGGUGACGGGCCGCGUGAGGAUCACCUACUCCCUGCUGUCCUGGAGCAAGUUCUCCAGCCUGGUGGAGAAGCCGUGGAUCGUGGGCGGGCCCCUCUUCGACGUGCGCUGCGACUCCGCGCCCGCCCUCACCUCCAUCCAGUUCCCGCACUCGCUGUGCCUGGGGGGUGAUGGUGCCGGCAUGGCCUUCAAGGUGCUGCACGUCAAGGGCGACGGCGCGGCCAUUGAGCCCUCGGCCGCCUACUCGGCCUCGCACGUGAGGUGGGUGGUGAGCUCCCUGUCGCCCGUGGGGCCCCUGAUCCAGAGCCAGGAGCCCGUGCAGUACCACGGGGCCGUCAUCCUCUACAAAGCCGUGGAUGAGCAUCCCUCCCUGUCCUUCCGGGUCUACGUGGCGACCAACAACGACUCCUUCAUAAAGGACAUCUCCAAAGCUGUCAAACAUUCAAAAAGGAAAUUUGUUAAGAUUGACAAGCCCCCUGUGUGCCAGAAAUUACUCCAGAAUGGAAAGAGGUACAGAUUGGUUUGUGAGCCAGAAGCUGAAAUAACUCCUGAGGAAAUUGAAUUUGUUGAUGGAUCACUCCUGAAACUGAAGAGUUACAUUGAAGUGUAUGUGGAGAAACCUGAUGAGUUCACCCUGUCUCUGGUUGAGCUGGACUCUGAUGCGACUGUCUGGAAAGCAAAACUCCGAGAACGGGACUGGCUGCACUAUGACCAGAACAAGAACGAGCAGAAGAGAAGCACAGGCAGUGUCAAAAAAAGGAAACCAGCCUCGCCAGAAGGGGGACUUUGCAGCAAGAAGCAGAAGACUGGUGGCACUGCAGAUGGCAUUGGAACAAAAAUCCUGACGGACCAGCAGCUGAUGGCGGUUGCGAAGCAGUUCGGGCGGCAGUGGAGGGAAAUUGCCAUCGAGUACCUCGAGGUGGAGAUGAAGGACAUCGAGGAGAUUCAGGCCAUGGAGGGAGAUGUCAAUAUGCAGAAGUUCCUGGUGCUGAGGAAGUGGAGAGACAGGCAGCAAAGCAGCGGCACUGCAGAAGCUCUGCUGAGGAGUCUGGGUGAUAAAGGAUCCUGUGAUCAGGAGCUACUGCAAAGGCUGCAAGAUUUCUCGGCUCAGUGCUGAGCUGGAAGGACCUGCAGGCAGUGGGAGCUUCCCCAUCCAACCCUUCUGCCCCUCUGGGAUCCUGCUGGGAUUCAGGAAGGAGGAUGCAAAAACAUCAUCACUCAAACUUUAGGCUGGAUCUUCUCAAGGAAUGUGGAUGAAAUUUUGGAUACAAACCACUUCCAGGACUUCCAGGAGCUGUGGAUCCUGACGUCUCCGGGCUUCACCCGCAGAGAAUCUCACCACUGUCACCUCAUCUGAGCCACUCCUCGAAGAUGGGACCACUGGAACAAACCAGGUGGAAUUGUUCUCUCCAGGAUCCCUCCCUGGGAGAUAUUUUCAUUUACAGCAGGGAAAAACAGGGAGAAAAGUUAACGCAGGAACUUCCAUCCCCUCACAAACCCACACUGAACCGCCCGAGUCGGGGGAUGCAUUGGAUUUCUCCUGGAUGUCCAAGAUCAGGGAAGGAUAAUCCUGAACUUGCAGGCAAAUUCCUUUGCAGAAUCACUGUGUGUAUAUAAUUCCUGUAUAUACUCCUGUACAUUCAGUCCUUGUUAAGCUGUGGAUCUCUUCUCUAAAAUCCCAAAGACUGAUUUUGCAGAAGCACCACUAUGUACUCCAGGCAGCUUGGAAUUUGCCCUGGGAAUUUCUUUUCCACUCUUCUCUGUACGGUCUGUAUUUUUACCAGACAGUUGUUUUUUGUUUUUUUGGUUUUUUUUACGUUGUAUAAUUUGGGGUUUUUUUAUAUGAGAAACUUUUUCUACUUUGUACUUGGUUCAUUUUAACUCGAAUUAGGUGCUUGAACUACCAUGGGAGGAGCCAGAAUUCCCAGGAAGGGCCCCCCACGUGCUACAGAACUGGAAAAGAUUUGGGAAUAACAUGAUUUGCAGAAGAGAGGGGUGACCUGAUCUGUGGUUAUCUGAUUUUUAAGGACAUGGGAUGCUUGGACAUGGGAUCCUCUGAGUGUGUUCAUGAAA